GCAAGGCAUCGUUAAAAUUUCAGUUCAGGCCCAGCAGCAUUUCAAACUUUCGAUAAGCAAAUUGAGUCGUUUCCACUCUCUAUCUUCGAAUGCUGACCAGAUGCCGCUCAUCUUCAAAACCUACCGUCCUUUUCAAACGGCAGUUGACCUUCCCGCCAACCACUUUCUCAGUUCUGAGCAGCCAAAAUGCCCAAAAUCAAGAAGACCCAUUUUACAUAACCCAUUCACCUCUUUCCCUGGGCAGACUCAGAGCCAAAAUGCUUCUUUCCGCAUCUACCCAUUUAACUGAUCCUCACUCUGCACGUUCUUUUUGCUCCGACGCCCUCAGAGUCUCAGCCAAAAUGGGUUUCCUUCCCGAAGGAAAACAGCUGCAUGCACAUAUGAUAAAGUUGGGUUUGUGUAAUGUGUUGGCCUUACACAAUCAUCUUUUGAAUGUUUAUUUUAGAUGUCAGGAGUUUGAUGACGCAAAGACACUGUUUGGUGAAAUGCGUGCUAGAAAUGUGGUGUCGUGGAAUACUGUGAUUUGUGGUGUUGUUGACUGGAGAAGUAAUAAUUGGUGGAGUCUGUAUCUGGGGUUUUCUUAUUUUAGGAGAAUGUUGUUGGAAAGGGUAGGACCGGAUGAUAUAACUUUUAACAGUUUGUUUCGUGCAUGCAUUGAGUUGCAUGAUGUUGUGAUUGGUAGACAAUUGCAUUGUUUCAUUGUAAAAGUGGCGCUUGACUUUCAUAGUUUUGUUGGCAGCGCUCUCGUCAAAUUGUACGCAACUUUUGGCCUGGUGGAAGAUGCUAGGCGGGCUUUUAAUGGUGUUCUGUUUAGAGAUUUGGUUUUGUGGAAUGUCAUGUUGUCUGGCUAUGUUUCGAAUUGUUUGGUUAAAGAUGCUUUUGGGGUCUUCAAUUUGAUGCAGUUGGAAGGUGUUAAGGGGGAUGAGUUUACAUUUAGUAGCCUGAUGAGUUCCUGUAGUGCUUUGGGAACUUGUGGUUUGGGAAAGCAGAUUCAUAGCCUUAUUGUUAAAAAGUCUUUUGAUUUAGACGUUCAAGUGGCCAGUGUACUCAUUGAUAUGUAUGCCAAGAAUAAAAAUAUAGAUGAUGCUCGGAAGGCUUUUGAUGGGAUAGCCAUUAAAAAUGUGGUGUCUUGGAACACUAUGAUUGUGGGCUAUGGACAACAAGGAGAUGGGAAGGAAGCUAUGAAGCUCCUCCGGGGAAUGUUACGAACAGAUCUCUGUCUUGAUGAGUUAACCCUUUCUAGUAUCCUUAGCUCAUGUGGCAAUGUGUCUGCCACUUGUGAAAUUAUGCAGGUUCAUGCUUUCACUGUUAAGUUUGGGUUUCAAGUUUUCAUAUCAAUUUCCAAUGCCCUCAUAAAUGCAUACUCCAAGUGUGGUAGCAUCCUUGGUGCAUAUCAAUGUUUUAGCUCUGUUUUGAAGCCUGAUCUAGUUACAUGGACCUCAAUUUUAUGCGCAUAUGCAUUCCAUGGUCUUGCCAAAGAAGCUACUAAGUUAUUUGAGAAGAUGUUAUCUCAUGGCAUGAGGCCAGAUCCAAUCGCCUUUCUUGGGGUUCUAUCUGCCUGCAGCCAUGGGGGGCUGGUAGAGAAGGGGCUUCAUUACUUCAAUUUAAUGAUCAAUGACUACCAAAUUGUGCCAGAGUCAAAUCAUUUUACCUGUCUUAUUGACCUCCUUGCUCGCUCUGGUCUUUUGGAUGAGGCAUUUAGUGUUUUGGCCUCCAUGCCAAUAGAACCUGGGUCAGACACCUUGGGAGCAUUCAUUGGGGCAUGUAAAGUCUAUAAAAAUCUCGAACUAGCAAAAUGGGCUGCAGAAAAGUUAUUUGCAUUGGAGCCAAACAAGCCUGUGAAUUAUGCUCUAAUGUCUAACGUGUAUGCUUCCCAAAGUCGGUGGUGUGAUGUGGCAGGAGCACGCAAAAUGAUAAGGGACAGAUGUGAUUCCAAAGUUCCUGGCUGUAGCUGGGUGGAGAUUGCUGGUAAUGUUCAUUCGUUUGUGUCAAGUGAUAAAUCCCACCCAAAAUCUCUGGAGGUGUAUGCUAUGUUAGGAACACUGCAUAGUUUGAUGAAGGAUGAUAAUCAUAUGUUGAAUGCAAAACUCUACAGCUGACGGUAUUCUAGGCAACUGUGUCCUUAACAUCCUUUGCUAGUCCUAAAUUCAACUUCGAGCCCCAUAGGCCACGAGUGGUCAUGUUGCACAUUCUAAGGUUAUCCAGUUGUUGGUUUGGGUUUUACUCAUUCUUUGGCUAGCACGAGCCCAAAACUUGGGGGCCAUUGAUUUUGCUUGUCAACGAGGACAGCUGACUGGCUUUGGGUAUCUACAGUUACACUGUCAAAGAGUUUUCGAACUAGAGAGCAAGAAGACUAGGUUUCAAGUCAAAUUUUACUUAAGGCAAUGGCAAAUGCAUGCGUUACAGCGACAUUUGAUACUGGAUUGACAGAAUCUGAUGUAUCUGAUGAAUGUGAAAAGUAUUUCGAUGACGAUCAACAAUUGGAGCAACUUAUAAAUGGGCAAAUAUGCUUUAAGAUCUAUCCAUUUUCAAGCGACACAAAUACAUCAAGCAGUGAAAGGAAGAUAAUUCUAUCUGGUUCUUAACUUCUUUCAAUCUGUUGCAUGAUGGCCACCUCAAGCUCUUGGAAGUUGCUGCUAGCAUUUGUGGGGACGGAUAUCCGUGUUUUGAAAUAUCUGCAGUUAAUGCCGACAAACCUCCACUAUCAUUAUCCCAAAUCAAAGGUCGUGUCAAGCAGUUUGAAAAAUUUGGGAAGAAGACAGUAAUUAUAUACAAUCAGCCCUUUUGUUACAAGAAAGCUGAGCUAUUUCCAGACACUGCAGCAAGGUUAAUUAAUGUACGGUAAUUUUAAGCUUACUUGCCUGACAUAUGGUUCGUUUAUAUCAUUAUCAUCAUCAUUGUUUUCUAUUUCAGUAGAAGUAAAGCAGAUGUUAUUAUUAAAUCACCAUCUCUGUUUAAGCUUACUUGCGAUCAUUCUAUGAGAGAGUUUAGGGAUUUUUUCUUUAGCACUUUUAAGUUUUUGGGUGAAGAAUCUUGUAAGGGAUGGGAACAUUUGUCAUGUUUUAUUUUAGUACUGUUUUUGCUUUAGCUUGUAUACAUCCUGUGUACUUGGG